AUGGUGCGCAAGAUAUUGCGCUCGCGGCUCCUCCGCCGGCUCGCCAAGCAGACGGUCGGCCUUAAGCGCGUGCCGGAGCCUCUCCAAGAAUCAAUUAAGGGAUAUCUUGCAGACUACUCCAAUCACCAAAUUCGGCAGCAUGUCUUUAACUACACGCUCAUGCUCAGCAGCAAGAGCGAGGAGCCGCCCACUGCCGUCACUCCUGCUUUCGAGCCCUCGGCGAAAGUCCUGGCUGCUGUGGAGGAUUACUUCUCAAAUAAAGGACCCUUCGCUCCAGUUCCAAAGAAAUAUCGCACGGCUCGACUCAAGCCAAGGUACGAUGAGAAGCAGGUUGCUGCCUACGUUGCUGCGAAAAUGCCAGCGGUCUACUCGGUCAUCCACACUGUCUUGAGCGAGGUUGCUCGGCGGCUGCCUGAUUUUAAACCAGAGAAUGUUUUGGACUAUGGCUCUGGACCAGGAACUUCCAUUUGGGCAAUGUCUCAAGUAUGGCCGAAAACUGUUAAGCUAGUGAACAUGGUAGAGACUUCUCCUUCAAUGCUUGCGGCAUCCAAGAAGAUCCUCGAAGAUUUGGAGGAUCCACCGGUUAUGCACAACCAUAAGACCCUGCGAAUUCUAUCAAAAAAGACACGACACUCGGGUCACGACAUUGUGAUAGCCUGUCACGCGAUUGGAGAGCUCCCGACCGUUGAAGAACAAAUCACUACUGCCCGGCAACUGUGGGCACUAACUCGAGACAUUCUUGUAAUCGUCGAACCGGGAACAUCAGAAGGGUCUUUGACAGUUCGAGGCAUACGGGCUCACAUCCUGGCUUUAGAAAGAAAGAAACUUCGAAGACGGCGGAAGUUCCUGACUGGCUCAACUUCCACUGACACUCCCAUGAUCGGCACCUCGGAGGAAGAUGGCAAUAAAAGAAACUUAGACGAGCAGCUUGUAGUACACAGCGAGGAAGAGGUCGAAAUACCCGGUGGUGGUGCUCAUGUGAUUGCACCGUGUCCACAUGAUGGUGUCUGUCCAAUGGAUGGCACAACCGUAUUUUGCCACUUUGUUCAGCGUCUUGAACGAACGUUCACUCAAAGAAUGGCUAAGAAACACUCACGAACAAUGCUGCGUGGCUAUGAAGAUGAGAAGUACAGUUAUGUGGUCCUUCGCCGCGGGCACCGUCCAAGGGUGGAUUGGCCACUAGAUCAUGUGGAGCUGCAGCUGGAUAAAGACGAGCCAGUAGAAAACGACCUACUUGUAGACUAUGAGGAAGACGAGGAUGAAGAAGAGGAAGAGUACUUAGAGGAUGAAAACGACGAAGAUAGAGAGACCAGAGACGACGAUGAAGGUGACAUCGAAACUAAAAUGGAGGAAGAACCAGGCGAGGACGAGAACGAAGACCAAAUCGAAGAACAAGAGGGUGACGACGACGAAUGCAAGGAGACGGCGGCAAACAUGAGCAGUGGCUGGGGCCGGGUGAUUUUCAAGCCAUUCCGGCGAGGCAAACACGUCACCUUGGACGUUUGCCGCUCGACGUCGCCGGACGGCUCGUCCGGAAGCUUUGAUCGUCUCACCGUGACACGCGCCAAGCACCGGGUUCUUCACAAGGAAGCGAAAAAGGUCCGGUGGGGCGACCUCUGGGCUGCCACCAGUAGCACCAAGACCUUCAGACACACCCGAGACAACCGCAUACCGUUAUCGCGAGAAAGGAUCCAUUCGUAUGAAUGAGAAGUGGAAGUCACGUGAAGCUUCAGCACCGACGGGCCGGAUUCAGAAAGAGCGAAAGAAAGCUGCAGAGAGGAAAAGUGAAGUCUCUGAGAAAAGCGUUAGAUCUGGAUGGAGCUUUGUGUGCACUGCAGUCAAAGCCGGGGUGAGCAAAGCUCUCUGCGCCAGAGACUUCAAGACAAAGCAAUGGAUCUCUCACUUUAAGCCCGACCAAGCAAGCAAAACAACACUACGAAAGCGACUAUGGAAAAACUCUACGAAGUGGCAGCAAGCGUACCUUCUCGUGUAAUACUUCCCCAGUGGCAAUGGAAGAGUAGCAUCUCGCUCUCCUUUGAUA